AUGUCUUCCGAAGCUGCUAAAAAACAACCUAGAACAUUAUACGAUAAGGUUUUCGAUGCGCACGUUGUGCACAAGGACCCAUCAGGAUCAUAUCUUCUAUACAUUGACCGUCACUUGGUUCAUGAGGUUACUUCACCUCAGGCAUUUGAAGGUUUAAGAAAUGCAGGCCGUACUGUGAGAAGACCAGACUGCACCUUGGCAACUGUUGACCACAAUAUUCCUACUGACUCAAGAAAGAAUUUCAAGAGCAUCUCCACGUUCAUCAAGCAGGGAGACUCUAGAUUGCAGGUGGAAACUUUGGAGCAGAAUGUCAAAAGGUACAACAUUCCAUUCUUUGGAAUGACCGAUACCAGACAGGGUAUUGUUCAUAUUGUUGGUCCUGAGCAAGGAUUCACUCUUCCAGGUACCACUGUUGUUUGUGGUGACUCUCACACUUCCACACAUGGUGCCUUUGGUGCAUUGGCAUUUGGUAUUGGUACCUCAGAGGUCGAGCAUGUUUUGGCCACACAAACCAUUAUUCAGGCUAGAUCAAAGAACAUGAGAAUUCGGAUUGAAGGUGAUCUCGAGCCAGGUAUCACCUCUAAGGAUCUUGUUUUGCACGUCAUCCACGUGAUUGGUACCGCCGGUGGUACGGGUUGCGUUAUUGAAUUUGCUGGUAAGGCCAUCAGAAACCUUUCGAUGGAGGCUAGAAUGUCUAUUUGUAACAUGUCUAUAGAGGCCGGUGCAAGAGCUGGUAUGAUUCAGCCUGAUGAAAGAACCUUCGAAUACGUUAAGGGAAGACCAUUGGCUCCAAGAGGUGCUGAAUGGGAGAAGGCUCUUGCAUACUGGAAAACGCUUUAUUCCGACGAGGGAGCCAAGUUUGAUCGUGAGGUUGUGAUUCAGGCCAAGGAUAUCAUUCCAACUGUCACCUGGGGUAACUCUCCACAGGAUGCAUUGCCUAUCACAGGAAAGGUUCCAGAUCCAGCUACGAUCGAAGAUCCUUCCGCAAAGAGUAGUUGCAUUGCCGCUUUGGAAUACAUGGGCUUGAAGCCAAACACUCCUUUGAAGGACAUCUACGUGGAUAAGAUUUUCAUUGGUUCGUGCACAAACUCCCGUAUUGAGGAUCUUCGUGAAGCAGCAAGGGUGGCUCGUGGACACCAUAUUGCUAAGAACAUUAAAAGAGCAUUGGUUGUUCCAGGUUCCGGUGCAAUUAAGAAGGAGGCUGAGGAAGAAGGACUCGACAAAAUUUUCAAGGAUGCUGGAUUUGAAUGGAGAGAGGCCGGAUGUUCUAUGUGCUUAGGUAUGAAUCCGGAUAUCUUGGACCCAUACGAGAGAUGCGCAUCCACCUCAAACAGGAACUUCCGUGGAAGACAAGGUGCUCUUUCAAGAACGCACUUGAUGUCACCGGCUAUGGCUGCUGCAACUGCAAUCUUGGGUCAUUUCUCUGACAUUAGAGACUUUGACUAUAUUGACAGCGUCGAUAAGCCAAAACUUCCUCUUAGUAGCGCUGAGGAAUUGGAGAGGCUUCAAAUUGAAAAGCGUGAGCUUGAUGAGGACUUGGCAGAGCCAGCUGCUCCUCACGAUGGAGUGGAUGAUAGCGCAAAGGUUACGGAAGAAAUUUCUUCAGAACAGUCAAAGGAUGGAAAGUCAUCUGGAAUGGAGAAGUUUGUUACAUUAACGUCUGUGGCUGCUCCAUUGACAAAGGAGAACAUCGAUACUGAUGCUAUCAUUCCAAAGCAGUUCUUGAAGACUAUUAAGAGAACCGGUCUACGGAAAGGUCUCUUCUACGAAUCGAGAUUUGCCAAAGAUGCAAACGGAAAAAUGGUUCCUACGGACUUUGUUCUUAAUGUGGAUCCAUACACUCAUGCUAAGAUUUUGGUGGUAACAGGUAAAAACUUUGGAUGUGGAUCAUCCAGAGAGCACGCUCCUUGGGCAUUGAAAGACUUUGGUAUCAGAUCCAUCAUUGCUCCUUCAUUUGGUGAUAUCUUCUACAACAACUCCUUCAAGAAUGGUUUGUUGCCAAUCAGACUUCCUCAGGAGGUCAUCGAGAAAAAGCUUUAUCCAUUGGCUGUUGCCAAGAAGGAGCUUACUGUGGAUCUUCCAAAUCAACAAAUCAAAGGCCCAGAUGGAUCUGUUUUGGUUGACAACUUUGACGUCGAAGACUUCAGAAAGCAUUGCUUGUUGAAUGGUCUCGAUGAUAUUGGAAUUACAUUACAGAAGGUCAAGUUCAUCGACGAUUAUGAGAAGAUUAGAAAGAGUAAGUUCUCAUUCUUGGAGGGUGGCUCUAAGAGAUUAAUUUCUCCGGUUGGGGAGGUCAACAAGUCGAUACAUGGGGCUAAAGAAUCUGAAUGGUGA